AUGCCGGCGGAUACGCGAGCAUACUUCGAAGAGGUCACGCUCCAGUCGUUCAUGAAGACGCAGGCAACCGUCUUAGAUGUUCUUCUAGCCAAAGAGACGCAGAAAACUGCGGAGUUACAAGAAAAUAUGCAAAGAAGAGUGUGGAUAGUGAAUUAUACUCUAGCCGGUGAUGCAGCUAUGAUUAGCGGGCACGCACCAUCGCUAAUUGCUCUGACGAGGCAUGACCGGGACAUGCUCGAAAAUCCGCCGGGACCCUCUUUACACGCACCCAGUUCCUACAAGAUAUUGCUCAUUAUUGUGUGCAUAGCGUUCAUAUACAACUCCCCGCAUAUGUUUGAGAUAUACGUUGUGGACUGCUGGAGUAUGCCGUAUGGUGCAGUUUCCAAGGAUGUGUGCCCCACUGCUUUGAGAUCUAACCCGGAUUAUCUAACGAUUUAUUAUGCUUAUUUGUAUACUAUUGUUAUGGCAGCCGGACCGGUCUCUCUGUUAGUGGUCAUUAAUUCCGCAAUUGUGGUUUCUAUGAAACGAAAUAAAAGAGAAGAACAAAACGACUCUGACAUUUUGACGCUUGUACUUGUUGUCUGUCUUUUCAUCUCAUGCAAUGUGUUGCCGUUGACCGUGAACUUUCUGGAGUUGCUGUUCGAGAUAGUGAAUGCGUACCUAAUUGAUCUCUCGAAUUUGAUGGUCGUCGUGAAUUCAUCGUGCAACUUCCUGAUAUACUAUGCAUUUGGUUCGAACUUUCGCCGCACACUGCGUCACUACUUCAUAAAUUUGGUUGGAGGGCGACGCACUGGAAGGUUUUCUCAGUUUACCGUCGACUUCGUAUCAACUCCUCCAGAAGUGCUCAUCUAA